CGACCGGCCUGCUGCUGCCUAGUUUCCCAACCAGACAGACAUUCCAGUUUUGUGCAUUUGUAUGAUCGGUUCAAUUCUUGCAUUCUUCUCAUUAUUUUCAUCAGCGAUGGCGGCCAACAAGGAGCGUACCUUCAUCAUGGUCAAGCCCGAUGGUGUCCAGCGAGGACUCGUCGGUAAGAUCAUCAAGCGCUUCGAAACCAAGGGUUUCAAGCUGGUCGCCAUGAAGUUCAUGUGGGCCGAGAAGGAGCUGCUGGAGAAGCACUACGCUGAUCUGUCCGCCCGCCCCUUCUUCCCCGGACUGGUCAACUACAUGAACUCCGGCCCGGUCGUCCCGAUGGUGUGGGAAGGUCUGAACGUUGUCAAGACCGGCCGUCAGAUCCUUGGUGCCACCAACCCGGCCGAUUCCGCCCCCGGAACCAUCCGUGGUGACCUGUGCAUCCAGGUUGGCCGCAACAUCAUCCACGGCUCGGAUGCCGUCGAGUCGGCCAACAAGGAAAUCGCCCUGUGGUUCACCGAGAAGGAACUGGUCGCGUGGACCCCGGCCAGCGAAGGAUGGGUGUACGAAUAAGCGUCGAUUCCCGUUUCCAUCCCUCGGAUAUUAAAUCACAAUUACUUUUACUAACACGCUAAGCUAGAAGCAGUAAGUACAAGUGGCAUUUCUGUUGGUUCGACAAAAGACCCACACACUCACACACUGGAAUGAAUGGAAAAUAAAUGAUAAAAUGCAAGACCGAUUAAAAA